CUACCGUUUCAGCUUUCGUUUGUUUUUUUUAAUGAUUAAAGAAAUUCCUGCUUGCAUACCUGAUUUCCAAUAUUUCCAGUUAUUCUUUUCGAUGAAAAAAGUUUGCUUUACAUAUCAUCCAAUAAUAAAAAUGGGGUCAAACUGCAAUUUUAUCUUGAACUUUUGCAUCAAAGAGUAUGAGUGAGUGAAUUUCUCUAAGUUUGCUUUAAUUUUCUCCUUUUGUUUCCAUCCUGUGGCUGAGAUUAAUAGACAACACACCUUUUCAAAGGUUGGAAGAAAAAAACAAAUGUGUUGAGGAGUUGUGAUGCCCCAUGUCGAGUCAUUUUGACGUGCAACCAAUUCACAAAGCAGUAGGUAUUGAUGUUAAAAAUACGAGUUUUUUCCUUUUCUUUUUGCCGUUUUAAGAUUCAUUGUUUAGGCAACAACCUCUAGUUGGUUCUUCCUUCCAUUGAUGGAUUGGUUUGGAAGGAGAAAUGUGCCUAAUUGGUGGUGUCGUCAGAAUCGAAUCCCUUUCCCCAUCCCCAUGUAGUUGUUGUUUGCAGUUUGGUAUAAGAAAGUGAAGUUUCAUGUUUUCCUCAGGUGUAUAUUGUAUCCUUUUAUUUCUUACUGGCUUGCUUGGCCAUUUGAAAGAGCAGCAACCCACGUGAGCUCAACUUCAGUUUUAGUGUUAGUGUCUCACUGUCUCUUGAUUGUCAAAAGAAAAAGGUGUUAGUUUCUCUAGUUUACUCCCAAAACCCAUAUUGCAUUUUGCAGAUCCCCAUGUUCCCUCCAUUCCCAGCUUUGUUUUUCACUCACGAAAGAAGACAUCCCUUUCUAUUCAGCCAUAAACUAGUGUGGUUGUGGUAAAAAAAAUAAGAAGUUAGGUGCACCAGUAAGUAUUGUAGCCCAAUAUAUUUGAAAAUAUGGAAAAUUUGGUGUGGUGGGGUGGGUUAUUGGGCAGGACUAGGAAAGUUACAUAUUAACCACCAAAUUAUAGCCUUGCUUUGCUUCUUCGGUGGGACUUAGUUGUCCCUUUAUGCACUGCUGACACAUCAGAUUGUCCUUGAAACCCAGGGAAGGUCGGUGGAUGAUUGUAAGUAUCAUGUUCUCGAUGCCCCUUUCCAUGCCCUUCUUUUUCUUUUUCAACCCCCCUUUUCCAAAUCCUUUCUCUCCUCGGACUCACCUAUUCGCCUACCCCUUUUUAUUCAUCUCUUCUAUAAAAUUUCUCAUGCUCACUUGGUUUCCCUUGCCUCCCCUCUCCUUCCACUCUGUCUCUUGAGUUGUACAAACAAAAUUGGGAAAGAAACAAUAAAGUAAAACCCAGAAUGCUUUUGGCUUUGUUUUGUUUACUAAUUUUUGUGGGCCUGAGUGGCAUCCCAUGUGCUGGGGAAUCAAGUGUAUCAUUCAUUCCUUUUGUGCUUGCUGCGUGAUAUGUUCACCGUCAGUUCCCUCAUUCAUUCUUAACUAACUUUUUUUUUUUUGGGUCCGCCGCAGGUGUAUUAUCUAUAAGUAUCAGCUCCUGCUUGUUAGCUAUUUCCUCUGUCCUCCUGGACUGGAACUCUCUCCUCUGUAGAACUCCUAUUCCUCCUAUUUUUAUUUCAGACAAGUCAAAGGUUCUGUAAUCAUUACUGCAAAUGGGCGAGGAAGCUAAACAGGAAGAAGCUAAGCCGGAGGUCAAGGCCGAGGAGAACAAAGAAGAGACAACAGAGGAUAAACCAGCUGAGGCGAAGGAGGGCGAAGAAGUUAAGCCCCCACCUCCCUUCAUUCUGUUUGUGGACCUGCAUUGUGUGGGAUGUGCCAAGAAGAUAGAGAAAUCCCUCAUGAAGAUCAGAGGAGUGGAGGGCGUGGCAAUAGAUAUGGCUCAAAGCCAGGUGACCAUCAAAGGGAUAGUGGAACCUCAAGCUGUCUGCAACAUGAUAAGGAAGAAAACAAAGAGAAGAGCCCAAGUUUUAUCUCCAUUGCCUGAGGCUGAGGGUGAACCUAUGCCCCAAGUUGUCAAUUCCCAGGUUGCUGCAACAUCAACGGUGGAGCUUAAUGUAAACAUGCACUGUGAGGCUUGUGCUGAGCAACUGAAGAAAAAGAUACUCAAAAUGAGAGGAGUUCAAACAGCAGUAACAGAGGUACCAGCAGGGAAAGUGAUAGUGACAGGAACCAUGGAUGCCAAAAAGCUGGUGGAUUACAUUUACAGGAGUACGAAAAAGCAAGCCAAGAUUGUUCCUCAGCCGGAGCCGGAGCCACAGCCAGAAGCAGGAAUCGUCGCAGCAGAAAAUCCAGGAGGCGGUGAAGACAAAAAGGAUGAAGGCCAAGGUGGGGAGGAGAAAGGAGAGGAAAAAUCUGAAGCCAUUAAAGAAGCAGGUGGUGAAGCAGCAGCAGCUGAAAGUAACAAGGUCAAGGAGGAAGCCAAGAAGGAAGGAGAUGUAACUAACAUCGUCAUGAACAACAACAACAACAACAACAGUGACUUUGCGGCAGAGGAUGAGAAUAUGAAAAGGUUGAUGUACUACCACCAGUACCAGCCGCUGUAUGUGAUAGAGAGAAUUCCGCCACCUCAACUCUUCAGCGAUGAGAACCCAAAUGCCUGCUGCAUUUCAUAGUAUAUAUAGUAUUUGUAAUUAAUACAAUAUAUAUAUACCUGUAAAUCUGCAGGUCAUUUCAUUUCUUGAAAAUAAAGAUCCCAAGUCGCACUUAACCACCGAAAAUUGUAUCGAAAAAAUUAUCGAAAAGGUUUUUAAUGUUGAAAACUUGAAAUAGUGGUUACACUAUAAUUCUAUUAUUGCAUAAAGCUAAAAUAAUUUG